AUGUCUUCGCCUCCUCCGCCGUUGACAUUGUCGGCACUCCUCGCCGAACACUCGGAUGACCCCCAUGCCGCCCUUUCCACCCUCCUCAGCCGCUUCAACCGCCUUCUAUCCGACUAUUCUGUCCUGCGACAGGAGAAGGAGAACGCGGAACGUUCUGCCGAGCGCAGUGCAGUGGAGAAUCAGCAGCUGUGGCGGAGUCUGAAGGCGAUGACGGGCAGUUCGAGUCCGCGGCCGCCGGUGAGGGGGGAGAGCAGUCUGCCGUCGAGGCAGAACUCAGAGGGCGGGAGCACGGUGAAAGGGCUGGGGAUCGGUGGAAGCGGCGAGUCGACGCCUGCUUCGCGAGGGUUGAGGCGCGGCUUGUCAUCCGAGUCGAACCCGGCCCGCCUCGACCUCCCGAACAGCUCGUCUGCUUCAUCCUCACACAACUCCUCACCCCGAUUCGGCCCGUCGUCGUCGAAUUCAGUCGACUUCGAACCGUCCACUCCCGCAGGCACGUCCUCCGACCAGGACCGCUCGCCUCGACUCGCCUCGAACUACCACUUCCCGUCCUCCUCUUCACCCCUGCGAGCGAAAGCCGCCACUCCGCCUCCAAACGCCUCGCCCAGACACAUGCACCGAGACGAGCCUAUAGGCGCAUCAGGUCUUCGCAAGGCCAGCUCGCUCGACCUUGGGCGCGGAAAUCCGCCAGAGCCCGAUGCCGAAGCGACGAACAACUCGCCCAGCAGCUUCGUCGCGCCAUCUGUGCACAUGACGCUCCCCGACGACUACUCUGCCACCGAGCCGAAGACUCCUCCACCUCCAUCAGUCAACGGCCCGCUCGACCGAUCCCUCCUGCUCAACCGGCGAAGACAGAGCAGCCCGCGCAUCUCGGGCAGCGCGAGCAUGCCCAUGAUCGCCAACUCGGACGCUGCGGGCGGGAACAGGUUCUUGCCAUCGAUCCAGCCCGUCAGCCCUUUCUUCAACCCGUCGCCGAGGUCUGGCGAGCGGGGAGAGCCGAUGCCGACUGGGUCUGCGGCGGGCGAGCAGCUUCAGCAGCAAUUGCAGGGUGGAGCAGGCGUGCCGAAGCGGGACCGGACAUUCUCCGCAGCUUCGGCGGCGUCUCUGCCGCUUGGAAGCGCAUUCGAGGCCGGUCAGCAGCAGCAGCGCGAACAGUACCUCCUCCCGACCCGCUCUUCCUCCACCAACGUUCCUUCCUCGUCAUCUUCGUCACACCUCGCCGAAUCUGCCCUUCCCCGGGAGCGCGAACGCAGGCCGUCCGCUCCCGCUUCCAAGCUCUCCCAGACCCGCUCCGCAGGCGAGUCGAGCGGCGAGCCGUACCCCUCCAACUUCUCUGCCCCCGCUUCUCGCCGACCAUCGGGAACGGCGCCGCUUCCUGCGCUCCCUUCGCACGAAGAUGUGCCACUCCCGCCUCCCCCUCCCGCAACUCCGCCCGUUCGACCAGUCCUCACCCCGUCCCUCCUCCCUCUCGCCCGCGUCCGUAUCGCCAGCUCCAACAUUCGCAUGAACGAGAAGCACAAGGAGGUCAUCUCGUUCGUCAUCGAGGUCGACCUCUCGCUUCCUUCCUCGCCUUCCGAUAUCGACGGGCCAGCAGGUUCGACGGUCCGGUGGCGCGUCGAGAAGCUCUACUCAGACAUCCUUGCGCUCGACUCGGCUGUCAAGAACAAGACGAACAAGCAGGAGACCAAGAACAUGACGAGUUUGCCGGACAAGAGCCUGUUCAAGGAUCAUGCGCCGCACAAGAGCGACCAGCGAAAGGCUGUCCUCGAGCGAUACCUCCAGACCCUCGUCUCCCUUCCGCUCCGCGACCGCUCCGCCGUCUGCGCCUUCCUUAACAGCGACAUCGCCUCCGACUCGCCGUCUCCAACAUCGAGCGGGCCAAUGGCGGGAUGGCUGACGAAGCGUGGCAGGGCAUUCGGCGGCUGGCAGACGCGGUACUACAUCUUGACGCCUGGCUCAACGCUGACCUACUACGACGCGCCUGGCGGCAACAAGCUCGGCGAGAUCCCGCUUCACUCGGCGACAAUCGGUCGGCAAUCGUCGAGGUCCGCCGAUCCAGGCGAGGAUGCCUACCUCCACGCCUUCCUCAUUCGCACGAAGGACGAGAAGGAGCAGGAGGCGGACCACAUCCUCUGCGCCGAGAACGACGACGUCCGAGACGCCUGGGUCGUUGCGUUGACGACUUUGCGGCCGAAGGGUGGCUCGGCGAAAGCGAACGGCAGCGAGAAGGACAAGGAGCGAGGGUCGGCACCGAGCGCGUCCACACCGCCUAUCCCGACCGUCGUCUCGCCCGAACCUGAACCUUCGACAGGCAAGGAGCGACGACGAUCGGGCUCGGGCCCUUCCACCGUCGGCGGAUCUGAGCAGCAGGGUACGGCGCAGGACCCGCGCAACCUGUCUGCCCGGUCAGCCGGCGACCUUCCGCCGUCGUACUCGCUUCCCUCCAACCUCGAUGCCUUCGCUCGCGGCAUGCCUGCUCUCGACGCAGCUUCAGCUCGUGGCAUCGGGACAAUCCCCGAAGACGGUUCAGUCACUUGCGAGCCAUCAACGAGCGACCUCUCAGCCCCGACCGGCGAGGCGACACACAACAACCACCAGCGAGGCGACACACAACCACCACCAACAACGCCAUCGCAGCAGCACUCGACCAAGUACAGCGCCAGCGACGUGUCAGGACCGAUGAACGCCGUGCCUCUCCCCUCCGGCUACGACUUCAAGAAGAUCGAGCGGCAAAAGAAGACAAAGUCAUCGUUCUGGAACUUCGCCUCGCGCAACUCGAGCGACAAGGGUUCGCCUGGCCAGUCUGCCGCCGCUCCCGCACGACCCGUCUUCGGCGUUCCGCUGAAGGAGGCGGUCGCCAUUUCGCGCAUCCGGCCCGGUCUCGAGUUGCCCGCUAUCGUGUACCGCUGCGUCGAGUACCUCGAAGCCAAGAACGCGGAGCACGAAGAAGGCAUCUUCCGACUCUCCGGCAGCGCAAACGUCAUCCGCCUGCUCAAAGACCGCUUCAACGCCGAGGGCGACGUCAAUCUGCUCCAGAGCACCGAGUACUACGACCCGCACGCGAUCGCCGGUUUGCUGAAGCAGUACCUUCGCGAGCUGCCGGUCCACCUCUUGACUCGCGAGCUUCACGGUAACUUCCUGCGGGUGAUCGACCUGCGGAACCGACGGGACCGCGUCAAUGCACUCGGGAAGCUGGUCGCGCAGCUGCCCAUCGAGGAAUAUACACUCUUCCGCUUCUUCUUCGCCCACCUCUGCCUGAUCGCUCAGAACGCCGAGACGUCCAAGAUGAACCUUCGCAACCUGGGCAUCGUCUUCUCUCCGACUCUGGCGAUACCUGCGCCGCUCUUCAGUCUGUUCCUCAGCGAGUUUGACCUCGUAUUCGCCGUGGAAUCGGAGACUGGCGCCGCCAAGCCCAUCACGCUCGAGGAGGAGGCGACAGAGGACACGACAGCUCCUCAAGAGCGACGGACAACGAACCGCAACUCGCAGAUCUACGAGGCGAGCGGAGCCAACAAGUUGAUGGAGAGUGAACUGCGCCGGCUCAAGGAAAACGACGAGGAAGAGGCGACUGGCGACUUGCCGGACGAGUCGGACGGGCCCGAGGAGACGACUCGGGUCAUCAGCCCGACAGACGGGGACCUCACUUCGUCCAGUACCUACGACCCGCACUACUCGCACUACGUCAAUCCGUCCCUCGCCAACCUCCCCGCUCCGCCUCGCAGUCCCGGUUUGCCCGCCUCACCUCGACCGGGCGCAACCUUCCAGACGUGA